GUCUCCACACCCUGCAGUGGGUUUGUGGCUGUGACCUCCUGUCUGACGGGAGCAUCCAUGGAUCCUAUCGGCACGGCUACGAUGGGCGGGAUUUCAUCUCCUUCGAGCUGGGAUCCAGGAGCUUCGUGGCGGCCGAUGGAGCUGCCCAGAUCACCAAGAGGAAAUGGGAACAUGAUGGGAUCGUGGUGGAGAGACGGACACAUUACCUUGGGAGCAUCUGUCCAGAAGCGCUACGGAAAUUCAUUGGAUACGGGCGGGAGGUGCUGGAGCGCAAAGAGCCCCCUGAUGUCCACGUGUCCGGAUACGAGGAACACGGGAUCCUGACGUUGUCCUGCCACGCGUACGGAUUCUACCCCAGGAUCAUCGGGAUCAGCUGGAUGAAGGGGGAUGAAAUCUGGGAUCAGGAGACGGAGUGGGGUGGGAUCGUCCCCAACAGCGAUGGCACCUUCCACAGCUGGGCCAGGAUCGAGGCGCUGCCGGGGGAGCGGGAGCAGUACCGGUGCCGGGUGGAGCACGCCGGAAUGCCGGAGCCCGGGAUCUUUGCCUGGGAGCCGGAAUCCGUCUGGAAUUCCACCCCGGUGUUGGUCGCUGUGUCCGUCAUCGCUGCCAUCAUCGUCAUCAUCGGCCUCAUCGCAGUCGGUGUCUGGAAGCUCCGAGCCGGUAACUCACGGGAUGGGGGUCGGGAAGGGCCCCCAGACCCCACUUUCCUCUACACUGAGGACUUGCAGGACCCCCAUUCCCAGAAAUCCUGGAUCUCCCGGUCCUUUCUCCACUCCCUGCGUUACCUGCAAGUGGCGGUGACGGAGCCCAGCCCGGGGGUCCCUCAGUUCAUGGCACUGGAAUACCUGGAUGGGAUCCCCAUCAGCUGCUACGACAGUGAGCGGGGCCAGGUGGAGCCACUGACGCCGUGGAUGGCGGCUGGACCUGAGCUGGGAUAUUGGGAUGAGGAAACCCAGUGA